AUGAAUACGUCUGUUGUUGACGACUUAUUAUCAUCUGUCACUUCUUUGAAAGAUAAUACCGCAUUGAAAGAUAAUAACACAUGGGAAAAAUUUCAAGAAGAAGCCGAAAAGAUAUGCAAAUACAUGGAACCACAUCGGUUCUGGAAAGAACAAGCAUUCGUAGAGAUGUUACAGGAAGCAAAGGGCGCUGAUCCAGAUUUCCGUGGUCCGUUUGAAAUAAUCACGAAUUUCUUGUACCUGGGAGAUGCACUAACAGCAGCGUCACCCCAACGACUCAGAAGCUGUGGAAUCCGAUACAUCAUAAAUAUCUCGUGCUUAGAUAAUUUUUUUGAGAGAGAAGAGCAGUUGGUUGAGUAUCCGGGGAUCGAACCUUUUCGAUAUUUACGCAUUGUUAUUCAAGAUACUUAUGAUGUUGAUAUUCGACAGUAUUUUGAUAUAUGUGCAAAGUUCAUAAAUAUGGCACGAGACGAACACGAGAAAGUCUAUGUACACUGUUAUGCAGGAAGAAGUAGAUCAGUAACAAUCAUCUUGGCGUAUUUAGCAUCGAUUGGACGAUGGAACAUCGAUGAUGAGUUAAAGCAAAUACAAACUUUGCAUUAUUCGUAUUGCCAACCUAACAGCAAUUUCAUGUCGCAGUUAUACGAAUAUGUAAAUUAUUUGAAAAAGCCUUCUUCUUCCCCGACUCAAGAAAGUAGUUCUUCUGUGGUGUCUUCUGUCGUGAUAAAAACACGGGUUUAUGAAAAGCUCAAUUUGGAUGAAUAA